AUGAAUCGUCUAUCCCCAGGAAAUGUUUCUAGACUACAAGCUCAGUUCCGUGGAGUACAAUAUCUUAUCAUAGAUGAGAAGUCUAUGAUGGGUCUUUCCCAACUGGCCCUAAUCGAUUCCCGAUGCCGGGAGAUCUUUCCGGACCAACGAGACGUGAAUUUUGGGGGUUCUAAUAUUGUGAUAUGUGGUGAUUUUUUCCAACUCCCUCCAGUACUGGCAAAGCCGCUAUUUUAUAACAAAUUCGUGUCAUUGAUCAACAAUGAGUUUGCUAUAAAGGGCUACGUUUUAUAUCGGGAAUUCAAGAUAAUCAUCGAACUUAACGUGGUUAAAAGACAAUCUGGCGAUUCACACUUUCUAGACCUGCUUUCUAGUCUAAGAAGGAAUGAAAUAUCGCGGGAAGAUUGGCAAUUACUUUGCAGUCGAAUUCAAGCUGUUAAUUUACAGCAAAUUGAUGAGUUCAAAGAUGUGAUUCGCCUUUACAACAAAAAGGAUGACAUCGUGGCAUAUAACCAUGCUAAAUUGAGAGAUCUCAAGCAUCCUGUUAUUUCUCUAUCCGCCACUAAUGAGCCAAAAGAAGCCGAAAAGGUUGAUAGUAAAGAUGCUGGAAAUCUUCACAACACUUUGGACAUUUCAAUAGGAAGCCGGGUGAUGCUAGGAGAGAAUAUAUGGACGGAGCGCGGGCUUGUGAACGGCGCAUUUGGCACUGUUCAUGACAUUGUAUGGCCUGAGGAUUGUGUCGAUCCACGAAAAGAGCCCCCAUUGGCAAUAUUGGUUCAUUUUGAUCAGUCUCGACGAGAAUUUAUAGUUGAUAACAAGAACUGCACACAUACCCAGUUUCCACUAGUGGUGGCUUAUGCUAUCACCAUUCACAAAUCUCAAGACAUCACUUUAUGGAGAGCUGUUCUCAAUAUCAAGGAGAAAGACUUUGCACCUGGCCUCACAUAUGUAGCCAUUUCCCGGGUUAAAUCACUCGAUGGCAUCCUAUUUGAAGAGCCAUUUGAUUAUGAGCGCUUUUCUCAUAAGAAAUCUGACACAGAAAUAAUGCGGGAGGAAGAUUUACAGCUACGAGCUGCUCAGCAUUACAAUCCUCAUAGUUCUCCAUCACUUCCUUCAAUGCAUUCUCUCCCUCGUGUCUCAUUAUCCCAGUAUCUUUCAAGUCAGGAGCUGGGAUCAACAAAUGAGUUACCAACGUCGAUGGGAUUUCAUAUGAGCAGUGAGAUGUGA